AUGGGCUCGACUAUCUCUAAUACCCUUGGUGCCUUUUCUUUGGGGCUACUCUUUUACUCCCAGGGUCUGGAGCUUGACCGCAGCGCUAAAAUAUACUCGGUCCUGCUAUUCGUGGUUACAACGCUCUUUGUGACGCUGGCAUUCUUCAACCAACUAAAUCAAAUCGUCGGCAGAGUGUUGAUUGCCACAUUCGCCGUCUACAUCUUCUCUAUCAUCUACGCCAUCUACAAGGACGUAGCCUCACCCCCAAAACUAUCGAACAACGAUAGCAAUCUCAAAUCCGAUGAUAGUGAAUCCGUCGAUCACGCCCCU